UUAUCUUCUUCUUUUUUCAAGAAAGUAAUUAUAAUUUUUUUGCAAUUUAUCUUGUUCAUACUAUUUUUAUAUCUAACUUCCCUUCUAUAGCUACAAGAUCUCGUUAUAAUAAAAAUCUCAUUUUGAUCUUUCCAGAAAAUGAAUUAAGAAAGAAAGCACUGAUAUAGCUAAACCAGAUCCUUAAGGGUAUAUUCAUGAUCAUUUGAUUGAUAUUUACCCUUUUCUUUGGUCAUACUUUCUUAAUCCUUCUUCUUCUUUUUUGCCGGCUGAGUAUUGUAAAUUCUUCUUCUGCUAUUGAUAUCAUACCAAUUUUAGCAUUACGGAUAUUUCGAUUAUCAAUUCCAUUUUUUAAAAGAUAAUUAAGAGGGAAAUUUUAACUUUGAUUCGUUGGUGUUGCCUUCACCUCAAUCAAAAUUUUGCCAUCAUGGCCAAACUACCUUUAUGCCAUUGAUUUCACAUUUCUCUGAUUUUUUUGUUCCUAGGAAUCACUAAUUCGUUUUUCGACCGUGUGUCGUUUCUCCUCUGGUAUUUGAUACAAGUCUCAAGUUAAAUUCUUGAACUCAAGUCUCGAAAACAAAAGUUUGGGUUGAUUUCGAAUACUUAAAUUCAAAUCUGUGUCCAUCAUGGUAUUCAUCCAGAAAAUUAAUCAAGAUUUUAAUAAGCAAAUAAGGCAUCCAAUAAGUUGUAAAGUUUCGCGUUAACGAAUCUGUUUGUUUUAUUUUAAUUUCACCGAUCUCUCAUGAAUGUAAAUGAAUAUUGCAGAAGAGGAUCGGAGGAGGACGCGGUAGAAGAUGGCAUCGUCGUCGUCAAAUUCGCCGUGUGCAGCCUGUAAGUUUUUGCGUCGCAAGUGCCAGCCGGAGUGCGUAUUUGCUCCGUACUUCCCACCGGACCAGCCCCAGAAGUUUGCAAAUGUUCACAAAGUCUUUGGGGCGAGCAACGUGACCAAGCUGCUUAACGAGUUGCACCCCCACCAGCGUGAGGACGCUGUCAAUUCUCUUGCCUACGAGGCUGACAUGCGCCUCCGUGAUCCCGUCUACGGUUGCGUCGGAGUCAUCUCUCUUCUCCAACACCAACUCCGCCAGCUUCAGAUGGAUCUAACCUGCGCCAAAUCUGAACUCUCGAAAUACCAAAACCUCCAGGGAAUCACUAGCCACGGACUUAUAGCAGCCGCCGCCGCCGCCGCCGCCAGCCACCACAGUAACAACAUUCUUAAUAAUCAAUAUAACUUUUUGUCCUCGUCCCGGGAGAGGGAGAGAGACAUCAAUCUGAUCUCUAGUACCACCACUGGCAUUGGCAUUGGCACCGGAGGGGGAGGAGGAGGCCGCGGAUCAGCAGACCAAUAUAAUAGUAUAUCACACCACCAGUUCUUCCCCAGAGAUCAGCAACAACAACAGAUGAUCAGGACAUUUGAUCAGGCGGCAGCGGGAAACAUUAACUAUGAUGCAAGCAGCCUUUUGGCCAUGAACGUCUCAGCCGGCAUUCCAUUUCAGCAACCUAGGGCUGCUGCUGGGGAUGACCGCCGAACCAUUGAUCCCUCUUAGCUACUUGCCUACCUAUUGUUACUUCCUCUAUUAAUUUCCAUACUUUCAAGUUUCGACCACUUAAACCAAAUGCAUCAAAUUAAUUAAGGUACACUAUUUAAUUAAA